GCGCAUGUCCUUUCCUUUCUUUAGAAAAGACAACCACUUCGAUUUCUACAUGUAGGCUAGUUGAAAAAGAAAACCGUGGCAAAAUGAAAUCCAUUGAUCUAAUUCACGGUCACACAACCAUGUUGCAGUCCAUUGGUGUUCACAGUAGGAAAGUUUUGGGCCCUUUGGGGGUGGCUUUGGCUGUCAUUGGUGAAAGAGGGAAAAGGUUUGAAAGAGAUGGAACAUAG